AUGUGUACAAACCUUACAGAUACCACUGUAGAUACCUCUGUUCCAGUUGUUGAUGAAUGGGUUACAUCCUCAGAUGAUGUUGAAAUAUAUACUAGAACUUGGAAGGCAGUAUCAGAUAAACCUAUCGCUACAGUAGUAUUCAUUCAUGGUUUUGGAGAACAUGUUAAACGUUACAACCAUGUAUUUGAUAAAUUCGGAAGAGAAAAUAUUGAAGUUUAUGCUUAUGAUCAACGUAGUUUCGGCGAAACAGUAAAAAGAAAUAAAAACCCAACAAGACUGGUUGCUCCAACUGAUAUCACUGAGGCUUUAAUAUCUCGACGAAGAGAGGGAAUUCCUCAAUUUUUGAUGGGCCAUAGCAUGGGAGGUUGUCUUGUACUAAACUAUGUUAUUGAUGGGCCUGAAAAACACAAUAUAGCGGGUCUUCUCUGUACAUCUCCUUUGAUUAAACUUACACCUAAAGCUAAUCCGCCUAUUUCACUUUACGUUCUUCAUGUCGCUA